CAGAAAGAACUAAAAUAUAUGUUGGAGUGGUCUCAACAAUAUUCUUAUGCUUUUCCCAGAUGGUUUGGAAGCUUUUUUUCUGCUGUAGUUGUUACUCACCCAGAAUAUGCCAAAACUUUGUUUGCCAGAGGAGGAAAUGGACUGCUUGUCUUAGCUGGCACAAAAUGGCACCAGCACAGGCGAUUGUUAACACCAGCUUUUCACUAUAAUAUUUUGAAGCCCUAUGUGGCAUUAAUUGCAGAUUCCACCAAAGUUAUGCUGGAUAAAUGGGAGAAACUGAUUGCAAAGGAGCCCACAAAGUCUUUGGAGAUGUUUGACCAUGUUAGUUUAAUGACUCUUGACAGCAUCAUGAAAUGUGCAUUCAGUCAGAAGAAAUCAUUUUUUUCCUCCAUCAGAGAUCUAGAUUAUUAUGUCCAAGCUGUGUCUGACUUAACUCUUCUGUCAUUUCGGAGAAUUACCUCCACUAUACUUCGGAGUGAUUUCCUAUAUUCACGUACCCCAUCAGGAAAAAAAUUUAACCAGGCUUGUAAAUUGGCACACCAUCAUACAGAAAAAGUAAUUGAAGAGCGAAAGAAAUCACUACAUAAUGAAAGAGAGCUUGAAAAGAUCCAAAAGAAGCGACAUUUGGAUUUUUUAGACAUUCUUCUUUGUGCCAAAUAUGAAGACGGAACUGGACUAUCUGAUGAAGACCUCCGUGCUGAAGUGGACACUUUCAUGUUUGCAGGCCAUGAUACCACAGCUGCUGGCUUCUCUUGGCUACUAUAUAUAAUGGCUAAGAAUCCAGAACAUCAGCAGAAAUGCAGAGAAGAAAUCAAGGACCUCUUGGGGGAUCGGGAGGACAUCCAGUGGGAUGAUCUUGGUAAGAUGACCUAUUGCACAAUGUGCAUAAAAGAGAGUCUCCGUAUAUACUCUCCAGUUCCAGUGGUGUCCCGAAAGCUCAGCAAACCUAUUACCUUCUUUGAUGGACGCACUUUGCCUGAAGAUAUUAUAGUUGCAGUUGACAUUUAUUCUCUUCAUAAAAACCCCAGCAUUUGGCCAGAGCCUUUGGAGUUUGAUCCUAUGAGGUUUUCAUCAGAGAAUGCCUCUAAAAGACAUUCUCAUGCAUUUAUUCCUUUUGCAGCUGGAUCAAGGAAUUGCAUUGGACAGCAAUUUGCCAUGAAUGAACUAAAAAUAGCACUUGCUCUGACACUGCUUCGCUUCGAACUAAUGCCCGACCCAGAAAAAACUCCGAUUCCAGUCUCCCAGGUUGUCCUCAGAUCUGAAAAUGGAAUAUACCUCAUUUUAAAGAAACUCAACUGA